AUGGACAUAGGAGAAGGAAAGAAUACAUUGAAUAUUAUGCAGUGUGAGUAAGCUAAUAGAAUUAACAUUGAGCAGAAUGGAGAAGAUGAAUAUGAAAACAUUAACGAAGAUGAUUUUUUCAAUUUGCUUGAAUAGGAAAGUAUGCAAAGUAAUGAAGUUAGUUUCAAGGGCCAGGGACUUAAAAAAGAACGUAUUGGAUAAACUGGAUUAAGAGAAUAGUCAGAUAGAUCAAACCAAAAAAAAAAAAGUAAUAAAUUGAAAAAAUUAGAGUAGUUACCUCUCACAAAAAGAUUAUUGGUUUACUUGCUGAGAUUCACAUUUGAAUCAAGUCAUCAUCAAGAUUAGAUAUAAAAGUAUGCUGAGGAUCGUAUUUUCAGAGAAAUUAAAAACGAUUGUAUGAGAGCAAUAGGAAUGCUUAUCGAAAUUGUAAGCGAUACUUAAGAUGACACUUAAGUUAUGAAUGAAAAUACUAUCAAUGAUGGAAAAUUAAAACCAAAAAAGUCUAAAAUGGGAACUACUGAUUUAGUGAAAACUGCAGCUGCUGUACAACUUGGUUUAAUUAACAAGUCUUCAUAUUAAGCCAUAAGAAUUAGUGAUGAAAAUAAAUUAAUAUUGAUUAAGAGUAUUAUGGUAAUCCUUUGCCAGUCAUCUAAUAGCACACAAGUUAAAAGGCAUAUGAGCAAAGCCCUCAUUUCUAUCUUAGAAAAAGAAAAAUAAGAAACGAAAGAUGAAGUUUUGAAAUUUGUUUCUUAAAUUUUAUAAGCUUAAUAGUUUGAUAAGUAGAUUGGAUCUUUACUUUGCAUAGAAUCUGUUAUUAGUGUUCCUUUGAAUGAUUCAUAAGCUUAAUAUAUUUUAAAUAACUUCUUUAAUCCCUUGUACUAAAUAGCAGAUUAGCUUUACUAAAAGUGCAAUGACGGUUUGAUGAUAUAUCAAAAUUAGAUAAAUCAAGCAAGGCUAACCUGGAAAAGACAACCUCAAGAUUGGGAAGAUGAAACUAUUGAUAAAUUUAAAGUUUAAAGUCAAGAUUUAGAGGAUGACUUAGUAUAUUUAGAAAAUUGGGGCCAGUUAAUGAAUAAGAUUGUAGGGCUAAUCACAUUUAAAAAAAAAAUAUUGACUAAAGAAAACUCUUUUCAAAUUUUAAACAACGCUUUCUAUUUCUAAGUUUUGUAUAAAUUAAUUAAUAUGUAAGUUAAAGUAGAGGAGUAAAUAAAUGACUGUUUAAUUUCAUUCACAACAUCCUAUGGCUUAGACUCAUAGUUGAAUUCAAAUUUAGUUAAUUAUCUUAAAAUUGUCUCUCGUUUCAUUAAGGUCUUGCUAAAGCACAGAAACAACGACUACACUCUCCCCGAAAACAUAAAAAACACUCCUUUUUGCUUGAUGUUAAAGGAUUUAAUUCCUAGGGCCGUCGUCUCACUUAAGGGUUUGAAUUCAUUUUUAAUUAACUUCGCUUCACUUUAUAAUGAAUUCAAAGUAGAAGAAACUAAAAAUCAAAUUAUGAACAUUGUCAAAAAGUCUCUAAAAAUUUCUGAAUUACAAAAUUAUUUCUUUGAUAUUAAAGUCUCCUUCAUCUGUGAUUAUAUCGCUCCUUUGCUAUAAGUUACGCCUAAUGAUUAUGAAGAUUUUAAAAAGUUUGGUCCUUCUUUUCUAUAAUAUCUCGAGGAUUUCAUAAACAUGAAAGAUCAAGAUAAAAACAAAACUACAGCUGCUAAAUUAAUAAUUAGAUACAGCAAAUACGUCCACGGUGCUCUUACUUUCUUCGUUUAGUUUUUCUUAGAAAAUAUACAUUCAAUCAUAAACGGCAUCCCUUCAUCUGAUCCAGUCUUUUAGGUAUUAGGAGCUGCUUAAAAUAGCUUGAUAAAAUAAAAAUAUUAAGAUGAAAAUCAGCUUGAUAUGUCAACGGUUGUAUUGAUUUCUGUAAGGAAUUUGAUUAAAUAAAGAAAAGAUCUUAUUGAAAUUGUUGAUGGAUUUUUAACUAACAAUUGCUAGUUAAUCUGCAGCUUAGAAAAUAGAAAAAUAUCUUAUUUCGCAAUAUCAUAAAUUUUAUUGUUUUUUACUGAAAUGUCUGAUACAGUUUUGCAUAAUAAUUAAGAUAUUUUCAUGAGAUACUUUUAAUUAUUGCUUGACUGUACAAAUAGCCAUGGAUAGAAAGACCUUGUUGGUUUUUGUUACUAAGUAUAUAAAAACAUCUACGAUAUUGUUUCAAAUAAAAAUUCGUCGAAACGUUUAAAACCUCAUGCAACUUAAAUUUUCUAAUUUAUUCUAUCAUAAAUUUAAGAUAGAAAAUUUGACAUGUACUUUGAGUGCCUAAAUGCUAUUAUGCAAACUUAUAAAAAUGAGAUCUUUAUAUAACAAGAAAUAAUUUACACUACUAUGAAUACUCUUUUAUGUAAGCUUUUUGAAUCUUGCACACUUUCAAAAAAUAAAUCGAAAAUGCAUUUAGAAGGUGUUAAAAACCCUCUUUUAAUGCUUGAAAUUAUUACAUCAUGGGAUGAGUUAACUCCAGAUAUGCGCUAAAAUAUAGAUUAAUUAUUAGAUCCUUUGUAUAAAACUUUAUAAACUUCGAAAGAGCACGAUUUAGCUGUGAGUAUCCUCAGAAUUUUCCGUCUUAACAUGGAAAGGCAGAAUGGAAUAAAAUCAGAAAUUUAAUUAUAAACAAUAUACUUAUUGAAAUAUGUUUAUGAAAAAGAGGAAAUCUUUAUAUUUGAAAUUUAUAAGAUUAUCAACUACAUCAUUUAACAGUAACCACAAUACCUCACUGAAAAUUAAGCUCUUUUCUAAUUCUUCCUUGAAAUGGGUAUAAAUGGUAUCAAGACUACUUCAAGAUUUUCCUGCGCUUUUGAUAAAUCCCUUGGAUGCCUUGUUGUUCAUCUUAUGAUGCAUCAUUUUAAUACUCACAUUUCCUUGGAUUAUUACAGAUCAAUUAUUCAAAGUACCUGCUAUUCUUUUAAGCAAGAGUUUUAUGAGCAGUAUCUUGAAACAAGAUUAAUGGAAGUAAUAUUGAGUUGCUUUGAAAUAAACUUUUAGCAUACAUUAACAGUCUUGUAAGAAUUACAAUAGACCGAAAAAAAAUGUCAACAAGUAUUAGACAAAAUGUUAGAAAUCCUUCUUUAUAAGUUUGGUAUAUUUUAAGAAGUUUAUGAUAAGAAACUCUAUAUUAUUGGAUGCUGUAAGCUGCUUCUGAACUAUGAAUAGAUUCCAUAUAUAUAAGCUAAUUUCAUUGAGCUCUUCACUAGAGUACUAAACAUGCUCCUUUCUAUUAAGAAUGACUAAGAAUUUGUUGCUAAAUAGAUGGAACAAAGAAAGAAUUUAGUUGAUGAAGUGAAAAUUGUUAAAAAAAAAAAAGAUUUAGAUUCUGAAUCUGAUUCCUCUGACCUUGAUGGUUUUUAUGAUGAAGAAGCCAAGGAUAACAAUUAAAUUAGUGAUGACGACGACGAUGAUGAUAAUAAUUCUGAUAGAGAAAACAGUUCUUUAAAAGAAAUAUAUUCAAGAAAUAAAAAUAAAGAUGAUGUCAUGCAAGUCUCUGAAGACGCACAAGUUAUCUAAAGCAGAAAGAAAUAAUUAGCUCAUACUUACAUGCAUAGAGAUGCUUAAGAAAUGUAUGAAGACAUUAAUGAUUACAAAAAAGUUGAAAAAUACAUAUAAACUACUUUUAUUGAAGAUCUUCCAGAAAUCAAAAAUUCUAUGACUCUUGGAGCUCUAGAAAAGCAUUCAGAAAACUCUUAUGAUGACUUAAGAAAAUUGAAACGUGCUUAAAAGAGCUUAAAGCUUUUGCACACACCUCUGAAGAAGCUAGAUGAGUUUACUGUAUUCUAAAAGAUGUUUAUUGAACUCAAAUAAAAGUUAGGGCAAGAUAUUACCAAAUUAACUUCUUCAUUGACUUAAUAUUAAAUUUAACAUCUUGAAGAAAUUCUCAAAACAAAACGUGUUAUUAACUAACAAGAAACCUAAGAAGAAUUAUAAUCAAUUAGAAAAAUAGUAAAGUUGAAAAAGAAAAAUUAAUAGCAAGAAAUUAACAUGAAUAAUAACCAUAAUUGA